AAGAGGGGGAGUUGAAUUUCGGCGUGGGAGUGUAAGAAUUUGAGAUGCUUGGGGGAGAAGAAUGCGAGACUGGUGCUGCAAACCUAGAUGCCUAAUUGGGCUUGUGUUGUUUGCAUGUCAGACUUGUUGAUCGUUUCGCAUUUCAGUCCAAGUAGGAGGUGUCUGCGAAUGCUUUUCGGGUGGGUACAAUACGGUUACUCGCGAGCAUUCCAGAAGUUCGUUGCGUCGAUCCGGUGCUCAAGAUUUUGCGUAUGUGGGGCGUAAAGAAUGAUGGUUGAGGUUUGAGUGGAAGACAGCCUUGGCAGAGUGAAUGGCAGUUAACGGGAGGAGGUUCACUUUAUUUGAGUUCCAUCGUGAGGUGGGCUGUAGGAACAGGUGCGGACGGUUUUCGGUGGACGUCAGGCGUAGAAAUCGAGGUGGAGGUUUGCAGUGGAGCUGGUAGGAUACUAUCUUCGGUCGUUUAAGAAUUUGAGGAAAGUGAAAGCUGUGUUGAACCGAAGCUGAGUUUCGAUUGUUGGUCAGUUUACUUAGAAUUAUGGGUAAUGAGGUGACAGUGAUGUCCCUGCAUUAUGUUGGAUGAAUUUUGAGAGGAAUUUCGGGCUAUGUCAUAGCUGAGUUGAUAUCAUCGAGGUUUCGGUUGGUUGAUUUGGGGAUGGGCCGGGUAGAGAGGCGGAGUGGAGUUGAGAGUGAGUGGGUAGUCGUUGCCGGAUUACGAGUUGCGAAUUAGUUAGGGCAAGGAAGUGACGGGAUCGUCUCCCGGAAGAAAUGGACGACGAUGAAUGGGGAUUGAGUAUGGAGGAGUUGGAUUCAUUGGAGAAUAAUGCGAAGAAGCAGCUUGCUGAAAGACAAAGAUCCUCUUCCACAGCAUCUGUCUCGCCACCGAGGUACUCUUACCAUGGACAACAACAACAACGCUCCGCGUUUGCUUCUCCAAGGAAACAGAUGUUUCACUCGCCCUCCAGAAGCUCUGGCCCAAUUUCUAAAAUGUCCAUCAAAUUCUUUGUGGAUCAUCCAGGUCGAAUCGGUGUUCAAGCCGCUUUCAACAAGCAUCUUGUGGGUGGUUUCAAGAUGGUACCAGGGCACGAGUGGGAUGCAAAUCGUCGAAUUUGGCAUUUCCCCGCAACUCGUUUCGAGGAGGUGGUCAGAAGAAUCACAACCUUGCCGGAGGUCUCAGUAGAUGUUGAAGCUACUCCACCACUGAUGCUGCCGCCAGGUGGGAUUCAAGACCAGCGACAGACAGCAUCGAAUAUGCAUCUAUCUGGCAGUCCGUUAAAUCUUCCCCAACGAUCUCAGGCUGAACUUCCAGAGCCUGUUGGAGAUCAAACCCUCGCAAGUCCUCCUCGUCUGCAACUAUUCAAAGAGAGUGCUCACACAAACUCUUCCAAAAGUCCUAUUAAAGCUAAGGGAUCUGGGUUGGUGGCGCAGAUUUACUUAAUGGACCCAGAUCAUGUUGCUGUCAGGAGUCCCUUCAAUUUGAAAGUAAAGGAAGCUUGUCAGUCUGUGCCUGGAAGAGUAUGGAAUGCUGAAGAAAGGGUUUUGUGGAAUGAUAGGGUCUGGGUGAUUCCAAGGAGCAAGAUGGAGGAGCUUGUGGAAGCGCUGUCUAGAAUUCCUGUUACGGUUGAGGCUGUGCCACCCUUGUGUCUGCCUGCGGCUAAGUUUCCAGUCAGAAGUGGUUGGACUUGCCCCAUCUUGUUGAUAUCCUUUUUGUUUUUCUUGACUGUCCCCAUUCAUGACUUAAAGUUCUCCCAAUCUGAAAGAGAACCUGCACCAAGUUCUUCGCAAACCAAGUCUGAAUCUGUUAACGUGCCCAAGGCUUUGAUCAAACUUUACCUCCACCAUAGUGGUGAUAUUGCAGCCAAGUUCGAAUACAAUGCCAAAAUAGUUGCUGCAAUGCGAACUGUUCCAAGAGCAGAGUGGAAUCCUAAAGAAAGGUUGUGGCUAUUCCCAAUCUCUUCCGUAUCUGAAGCUGAGAAAAUUAUGAGUAAUAUAAGUGACUUGGAUGUUAGUGUCGAAGGGCUGGAACCGUUAGUACGACGCGCUAUCGAAGCGGCUGCUGCUGUUCCAAAUUUGCUAGAAAAAUACAAUGAAGUUCCUGAACACCUAGAGACAAAGUUAUUACCGUUUCAACGUGAUGGUGUUAGAUUCGCUCUCCAGCGCGGCUGCCGCGUAAUGAUAGCAGAUGAAAUGGGUCUCGGCAAGACUUUGCAGGCAAUUGCAGUGGUGUCAUGCUUAGAAGAAGAUUGGCCAGUUUUGAUUGUGGUCCCUUCAUCGUUGCGACUACAAUGGGCGAUGUCACUUCAGCAAUGGCUGGAUAUCCGGCCUAGCGACAUUACGGUGUUUAUGUCACAAUAUUCAAGCUGGAAUAAGGAGGGCUUCAAUAUCGUGAAUUCAGCCACCAGGGGCCAUGUGAAACUGGAUGGCUUGUUUAAUAUUGUGUCAUAUGAUUUGGUAACUAAGUUGGCUGAUGCCAUCAGCGAGGCUCAAUUUAAGAUAAUUAUUGCGGAUGAAGCGCAUUAUCUAAAGAAUGCACAGGCGAAAAGGACAAAUGCUUGUGUUCCUCUACUUCAGAAAGCCAAAUAUGCUGUACUUCUUAGUGGAACACCGGCACUUUCUCGUCCUAUAGAACUCUUCAAACAGCUGGAAGCUUUGCAACCAACGGUGUACAAGAAUGGUGUAUCUGAAUAUGGCAAUCGUUAUUGCCUUGGUGGGCACUUUGGAAUGUAUCAAGGAUCAAGUAAUCUUCAAGAACUUCAUGCUCUUGUAAAGUCAACGGUAAUGAUUCGAAGGUUGAAGAAGGAUGUUCUUUCUGAACUACCUCAGAAACGACGUCAACAGGUGUUUGUCUCGUUAGAAGACAAAGGGAUCAGGCACAUGAAAGCCCUUUUUCACGAGUUGAAUGAAAUAAAGGAUGCCAUGAAGCUUUGCAAGGAAGAUGAGAAAGAAAGGAUGAAGUAUUCGGAGAAACAACUGCUCAACAAGAUCUACACAGAAUCGGCUGUUGUGAAACUACCAGCUGUCCAGGAGUAUCUGACAACAAUGAUCGAUGCAGAGUGCAAGUUUUUGGUAUUUGCUCAUCAUCAAAGUAUGUUGGACGGGAUUGAACAAUUGCUCAUGAAAAAGAAAGUCGGCCUUAUCCGUAUAGAUGGGGGAACACCGCAAUCUGCUCGGCAAGCACUAGUCACUCGGUUUCAGGAAAAUGACAACAUAAUUGCAGCAGUGCUAGGAAUACGCGCAGCAGGUGUUGGAUUGACUCUGACUGCAGCUAGCACCGUCAUCUUUGCUGAGAUGUCGUGGACACCUGGAGACCUUGUUCAAGCGGAGGAUAGAGCUCACCGUAUUGGCCAGGCCUCUUCUGUCAAUGUAUAUUACCUUCAUGCACAUGACACCAUCGAUGAUAUAAUCUGGGACACUGUUCAAAACAAACUGGAGAACCUUAGUCAGGUGCUGGAUGGUCAGGAAAACACUUUGCAAGUAGCGGCACCGCCUAAAACUUAUGCUCAUGUGCCACGAGGACAAAGCACGUUGGAUUCUUUCUUGCAUCCUUCUGCUGCUGCUUCCUUGAAUCAGCCUCAAUGUGAGGGAAACAGUUCCUUGCCUGGUUCAGACUUCUCAACCUCCAUGCGAGACGAGUUUCUAUUUGAUCCAGAGCUUGUUGAAGAGCCCAUGCAUGUAACCUCCAGUGCGAAUUUCAGAGAGCCCGAUAGGAGCUUUAAUGGACACAGCUAUCCUCCUCAAAUGGGUCAAAUGGGUGAUCCUCUGAAAAGAAGCUCGGACAGGAUAGAUUAUGAUGGUUCCGACGCGACAAAUGAUUAUAAGCGAAAGAGAUUAUUUUAGGAGUGGUCGGUAUAAGGAAAUAGCUCAUCUGCCUCAUUCUUCCGAAAAAUUGCUACUUCUGCAUGUGGAGAAACUAUUUUGAAGCCUUGCACUGACGUUAGCCCAUACUAUAGUCAAAGGGAAUUACAUCCGCAGAUCUUAUUUAUUUUUUCCAGUGUGUGACAAGUCUAUUUCAGUAACAUUUUCGUUCGCUGAGGGAUAAUGAAUUUAAACUGACACAAACGUCGAAGGGAGGAUUUUAGCCGCAUUUUAAUGGCUUGUUGCUAAA